AUGAUGAAGAUCGAAGAUAUGUUGAAGGAACCUUUGACAAUUUGGCAUCUACUGCUCAAAGCUUGCCUGGAAUUAAAGGCAACACAUUUGUGAGUUAAAAAUUUGAGCGGAAUUUUUUUCCACAAAACAAAGAUAUUUCUAUAAUGCCUUUUUUCAGUGUCGCCGUUGGCUUCAGUCCAGAAAAUUCAACACAAUUUGGUUUAGUCGGUAUGUUCGAGUCUAACGAAGUUGAAGAAGUAUGCCGGAGACAUAACUUUUUAUUAAUGUUUUCGGCGGAAAAUGAAGAUAACAAAGCGUUGAAAAUGACAACAUUUUUCGCUGAGAACUACAGAAACCCGUCGUAUGAUAAGCAGAUUUUGAUUGAAAUGGUUGAAGUUAUUGCAUCAUAUUUUGGCUGCGAAACGAACUCAAUUGACGAACAUGAACCAAAUCCAAAUUCGUCCGAAACCUUUGCGAAAUCAUCUUUUGAGGAUUUUGUGAGGAAUGUAUCUACCCAAAAAAAUAUCGGCGAAAAUUACAUGUUGUUGAACCAAUUGAUAACAGAAGAUAUUGAAUUAACACUCGAAAAACGUGUAAGUUCAUUUAGCUCUAAAAAUUUUCAGUCAAAGAAGUUCAAUAUUUUUUAUUUCAGUUUGAACUUAUCGAGCUUGUCAAAGAGAGACACCGAGACAUCGCCUUCGAAAAAAUCACUGUCAAGGAAAUGGAAGAAGUUGUUGGAAAAAAUCUUUUACUUGUGAGUGAAAAGAGAUAGAGAGCUUGUGAAACGGCUUGAAGUGGGUAAAAAUUGGGUGACUGAGAAAACUACAUCCAAAAACAAUCAACACUAUUUCAAUUUUAAGAAACUUGGAAUCGGAUUCAUACGAUGCUCGACAAUUCAAAUUUUGAAGGAGAAGAUGAUCGAAAUGAAUGUGCAGAAAGAAAUAACUGGACUUUUAGCGAAAAAAUUGUGGACAAAUGGAAGAAAAAGUAUGGAAUUUGCGUUGGGUAUGCUCGAAGAUUUAUGGGAUUUUUCAAAUGCAACAAACGUUGUGAAAGUAAGUGUUUCAGUUCUUUUUUUUUUUUGUUGUUGAAUAUCUCGAACAUUUUAUAAUUUCAGAGUUAUGCGCGAACAAUCGACAUGACGCUUUUUGCAUCGCAUGGAAUUUCAAAAAAGUGUCAAGAACAUUCGUCGAUCGAAUUAUUGAGUUUCUGGCAAAUGAUGACUUGGCUCUCUUUUUAA